CCUCCCUUCACUUCCGCAGAGGCGUGUGUGUAAACAGGGUUCAGACUGGGCUAAACUCACUUGUGCAUAGUUUGUAGUGCAUUUGUCUUUCAUCUAAUGAAUGAAUGACCGUGUCCGUGAAAGACAGAAUAUUUUUUUUAAUUUUAAGCUUCCUGAAAUAUCCAAUUGUACUUAUUUAAUUAAUCGAAUAACCGAAACUAUGCAAAACUACGUGAGCGUUAUCAAGGACUUCGGAGAGAAACAUGUCACUGGUCUCACGGUUGCGCUGGUUACAGGGGCAAGCCUGCUGGCCUUUCGAAGGUGGAUGGCAGGGGGAGUGUGUAGGAGCAAGGCCAGGCUGGAUGGGAAAACAGUCCUGAUUACAGGGGCCAACACUGGCAUUGGGAAGGAGACGGCCCUGGACAUGGCGCAGAGAGGUGCCAGAGUGAUCCUGGCCUGCAGGGACAUGACCAGGGCCCGCAUUGCAGCCGACGAGAUCCGGCAGAAAAGUGGCAACGGCAAUGUGGUGGUGAAGAAACUGGACCUCGCCUCGCUGCAGUCUGUCAGAGAGCUGGCCAGAGAUGUCGAGGAGAAGGAGGGGCGCCUGGACAUCCUCAUUAACAAUGCAGGCAUCAUGAUGUGUCCCAAGUGGAAGACUGAGGAUGGCUUUGAAAUGCAGUUUGGUGUCAAUCACCUGGGACACUUUCUUCUCACCAACUGUCUGCUUGACCUGCUGAAGAAGUCGGCUCCGAGUCGCGUUGUCGUCGUCUCCAGCCUGGCUCACGUGAGAGGUCAAAUUCACUUUGAUGACAUUCAUCUCGAUAAAGACUACGAGCCUCAAAAGAGCUACCGCCAAAGCAAGCUGGCCAAUGUUCUCUUCUGCAAAGAACUGGCUACCAGACUGCAAGGCACCGGCGUGACAGUGUACAGCCUUCACCCUGGAGUGAUCCGCACGGAGUUGGGGCGCCAUUUUUUCCCUGCCUUGCCUAUGUGGAAGAGGAUGAUACUCGCAUGCUUUUUGACACUGGUCAAAAAUUGCCGGGAAGGAGCACAGACCACCAUCUACUGCGCUGUGGACGAGAGCCUGGCAAACGUCAGCGGCCUCUAUUACAGUGACUGUGCUCCCAAAACACCAGCUCCACAGGCCCUGGACGACGCCGCUGCCAAGAAGCUGUGGGACCUCAGCGCUUCCUUGGUCGGUCUGGCUUAAACGCAGCAGGCAGCCAUGCUUUCAUCAACCAGCGAACCCUGUUUACACAGAGAAUAAAGCACUGCACUUGAUUUUUAUGAUAUAGUAUGCGUAAAGGCAUUGCAUUUUUCUACUAAUCAAAUUCUGUAGGCCAAUAAGAAUACAGAAUCAUGCACUAUUUACUCAGACACCUCAGACAAUGAGGUGUAAUGCUUUAUCUUUAUAUUUUGUAUAUUCUGCGCACUUUACAACAUGAGUUUUAAUGAAUACUUGUGCAAAACUGCUACAUCUUUAUCAAAGUUACAAUUGAUUUAUUUGUUUAACUCUAAAAGGCUAAUAAAACGCUAGCCGUUGUUCGUCAAAUUCAUUCAUACCUUUAAGGCUUUGCUGCUUUUGUUCAUGGCAUCUAACGAUUGCAAACACACAGCUGCAGUUAUAAAAACACGUAAUCUAGAGGCAGAAUGUGUUGAAGUCGCAUGGCUAAGGGUUAUGUAAAGGAAGUGACCUUAAGAGCAGCCUAAAAUGAACAGCCUUAAGAUUGUUGGGGAGUCGAUUCUCCACCAGGUGUUAAGAGGGAGUGGAUGCCUCAGGGGAAGAGAGCAGUUAGGAUCCACCCAGUAGACCCAGAAGACUUGUCAGUUCCUGUGUGUGUGUGUGUGUGUGUGUUUUUUUACAUAGCUGAAGUAGUUGUGUCACAACAAUGUGAUUCUGACGUUUUGUAAUGUUUGCUCUGAAGCUGCGUGAAUUUGUUAAUGGAAAAACGGAAGUGUGCAGGAAGACGCCAACGUUUUUGGAAAUAAAUGUCUGAUAAAAAGUGA